AUGUUGGCACGCACCACGCCGCCGCAGCCAUUCGCGCCACCCCACGGCCGACCCGGACCCACGCCGCUACAGGAGCUUCUCCUUCGCGACGAAGAGCUACUCGUCUACGUUUCAGCCGACCAGCAAGGCUCGCUCGACGGAUCGUGGAUUUGGGGGAGCGGAGCACGACCAACCCCCACGCCACAAGGGACGGGUAGCAGCGGAAACUGCCUCAGGUCUCUCGAGCACAGAGUUGGUCUUUCGGAGGACGAGGCUCGAGAGUGGGGAGGUUGGGACAGGCUUGAAGCCUCCAUCAAGUCCCUCACCGGGAGAGGAGCGAUUCCCACGCCGACAAGCGCGACUUGGGCACCGCCGGCCAUGGGCGGGUCGAUGGCAGCGCCUAUCAAGCCGGAGGGUGGGGGCGGGGGUCCGGUCAACCUCGGACCGCCGCCAACGCCGGGAACAACGACCACAACGCUCGCUACAGAGGGAAGCCCUGCGGAAACCAAACAGAAGAAUCAGGGACAGGAGCGUAUUUCGAUUGCAAACAUCAUCUAG